GCUGCUGGGGGUUUUACUGGCAGUCGAACUGAUAGAUCAAAUCGUACGGUUCUCAGCUCGGUUCAGUUGUUCCUCGUCGAUCGCGGCCUGCGGAAGUGCUACUAUCACUCGUUCACCGCAUCGGAUUAUACCGUUCAAUCUGACCCUUGGAUUUACUCUAUAAAUAGUAGUAGUGACAAUAAUUGGCAUCGCCAGCCAUGGAGAUCCGAGUGGGAGUGGGCGAUCUGCUGAAAAUGGGCACCAAGCUCAUUGGCCACAAGAUCGUCCAGUACCGCCUGGGCACGAAGCAGACGAAGGUGGUCUGCACUAGGGACGGACAGGUGCGAGGACUCCGCCGCAGAACGCUCUACGAUGAGGAGCUGUACUUCGCCUUCGAGGGAAUCCCCUUUGCUCAGCCGCCGGUGGGAGAAUUGCGGUUUCGAGCCCCCCAGCCACCCCGCCCCUGGACGGGGGUCAGGGACUGCACCUAUCCGAGGGCCAAGCCCAUGCAGAAGCACUUCGUCCUCAGCAUUAUCGAAGGCAGCGAGGAUUGCCUGUACCUAAACGUGUACUCCAAACGUCUUAAAUCGGACAAACCGCUGCCCGUGAUCGUGUGGAUAUAUGGUGGCGGAUUCACGAUCGGCGAGGCUAGUCGAGAUUUUUACAGUCCAGACUACUUUAUGCAGCAAGACGUAGUCGUUGUCACAUUUAAUUAUAGAGUGGGUGCAUUGGGCUUCCUCAGCCUCUCGGAUCGGGACCUGGAUGUGCCCGGCAACGCUGGCCUCAAAGACCAAGUGAUGGCCCUUCGCUGGAUCAGUCAGAACAUAGCCCAAUUCAACGGAGAUCCCCAGAACAUAACCCUGAUGGGCGAGAGUGCGGGGGCGGCUUCCGUUCACAUGAUGAUGACCACAGAGCAAACCCGUGGCCUCUUUCACAAGGCCAUCAUGCAGUCGGGAUCCAUGUUCUGCGAGUGGGCCAAUGAGCCCAGUGGCAGGUGGGCGUACCGCCUGGCCUGUCAGUUGGGAUACUCGGGAACUGAGAACGAGAAAGAGGUGUUCCGGUUCCUCCAAAAAGCCCCCGCCUCCGAAAUGGCCGCCCACGGAAUCACCCUCGUUUCCCAAGAAGAGAGGCGAGACUACGUCCUGUUUCCCUUUACGCCCGUGGUGGAACCAUAUAUAACCAGGGACUGUAUUUUGCCCCGUUCCCAUAGAGAGAUGCUGCCCGCAGCUUGGGGUAAUGACCUGCCUUUAAUCCUGGGAGGUAACUCCUUCGAAGGCCUAUUUUCCUACCAGACCACCCUGCACGAUGAGGAGCACAUGCUGAGUGCCUUCGAAGCCCUGAUUCCGCGAGAGAUCAGGGAAAAGAGUUCCCCAUCUCAACUCAAGGAUCUGGUGCGUCAGUUUAAGGUGGAUAAUUUCGAGGAUGCAACCCGCGGGCGCAUGGAGUUCAAUGAGUGCCUCCAAAUACUCUCCGUAAAACACUUUUGGCAUGGCAUCCACCGCACUGUACUGGCCCGUCUCAGCCACGCCCCCACUACGCCCACCUAUCUGUACCGCUUCGAUGUAGAUUCGCCCCAUUUCAAUCACUUCCGGCAGGUGAUGUGCGGAAAACACGUUCGCGGAGUCAGUCAUGCCGAUGACGUUUCCUACCUAUUCUACCACAUUCUGGCCAACAAGGUGGAGAAGUCCUCGAUGGAAUACCAAACUAUACAGAGAAUGGUGGGCAUGUGGGUGGCAUUCGCCCGAAACGAUAAUCCCAAUUGUCCACAGAUCAGUCCGACCACCUGGGAAGCCUUAGAUGAGGAAGGUCCGCAUAUGUGUCUCAACAUUGGAAAGCAACUGGAGUUUAUUGAGCUACCAGAGUCCAAGCAGAAUCGGAUUUGGGAUAGACUUUACGAUAAACACGACCUGUACUAGAGGGGAGUUUGUAUAUUUUGUAAAUAAAACGGAACUGGCCUAGAAGUUAAUUUGGUUUUGAACAAAAAUUUGUGAUAAUUAUAAGCACUGAAAGUCAUUGAAACUAUAUAUUUUUUUAAUUUAAAAAUUAUUCUCAUUCAAACGAACUUGUCCAAAAAUAGUUCACUUUAAAAGUUAAUAAACAAAUAAGCUUAAUUACUUCAAAAACUAAUUAUUUUGUAUGCAAUUAAGGAUUUUUCAUUUAGGUCUUGUUACAGGUCAAAUUACAUAUAUACAAUGUAUGAUGCUUGAACUAGCUAAAUAAAACUGGUUUGGGUGAUCACUUAAUCACAAUGCAAAAAUAGUUCGCUUUUAGCAGGUAGUUUUCCAUCAAAUCACCUCAAACUUGACCCGGGCAGUGACUCGAGCCAGAAGUACUAAGCAUUUUAAUUUAAUUUCAACCAAUUAAAUUAGUAUAUGUAGUUGUGUCACUUAUUUAUUUAAAAUAAAACAUUUAAAUCAUUCCAA